AUGGACGACGCAGACGUGAUCCAGGUUAUUGGUCGUUUCGGGAUAUACCAUGGGAUGAUGAUCCUCCUCGCUCUCAUGCGAGCGUAUCCUGUUGCGUGGACGAACAUGAUGUCUCCUCUGAUGGCGGCCGAUGUGCCUCACUGGUGCUCGGCCCCCAACUCGACAAUCAACGCGACUUGGUGGAAAGAUAACGGAAUCCCGAAAUCGUCCGACGGCACACUCGAACAAUGUUCGAUGUUCGGAUGGACUGUCGAAGACGGAAUCAAUUUCAACAAAUCGGAGGAGUGCUCGAACGGCUGGACGUAUGACAAGGAGCAGUUCGGAGAGACUGCGACUUCAGAAUGGGAUCUUGUUUGCCGGGACGCCUGGAAGAAGUCGGCCAUGCAGAGUAUCAUCAUGGCGGGAUCUUUCGCGGGUGUGGUCGUUUUCGGGAAGAUGUCCGAUCAAAUCGGUCGGAAACGGGUUUUCGUGAUUUGCCUCGUGGUGGUAUUCGUAGCAGCCCUGCCAGCAGCUUUUGCGCGGACUUUCUUGACCUUCAACGCUCUCCGCUUCAUCCAAUCAUCGGCUACAGCCGGUAUGACGACUGCGAUCGUCACAAUGACAGUGGAAAUAAUGCCGGUCAGAGACAGAAUAUUCAUGAACGUCGGCUUCGGGAUGGGCUACGCGAUCCCGGUCCUACUGAUUCCAGCAUUAUCCUAUUGUCUAUCGAAUUUCCGCCACAUGCAGCUCGCCAUCGGACUAUCUGGGAUCGUCCUGAUUCCGUUUUUGUUCGUCAUUUACGAGUCUCCGAAAUGGCUCCUGGCGAAGCACCACGUCAACGAGACCGAACGCGUCAUAAUUGGAAUCCUGAGGAGGAACAGGAGACCGAUACCAAACAUGUACUCGAUCAUGCCCGCGCUCAUGGCGAGAGCCGAAACCGAGACCGCCGCGGAAAGCAAGAAUCUCGUUGUUACGGAUAUCCUAAAAGAUGAAACUCUGAGAAGGAACGCAGCUCUGAUCGCAGUGACCUGCUUCACUUGGUCGGUGAAAGGCUAUUACCUUCAUUUAAAUGCUCACCGACUUCCGGGGAAUGCGCAUCUCAAUUUCGCAAUAUCCACUCUGUCAGAAUUCCCCGCUGGGCUCAUCGGAAUGUAUCUGAUAAGGAAUUGCGGUCGCAGACCGUCCCAGAUGGUCAGUGUCUUCAUAUCGGCCGUCUUAUUCUGCAUUCUCUUCUUUGUCGACGACAAGCAUAGUAACGUGAAGGUGUGGGGCAUGAUGGUCGUCCGCCUGUUUCUGAGCCUAUUCGGGUACAUUAAAUGGCUCGCGGUGCAUGAAAUCCAUCCGACCCCCGUUCGGAGUGCGGGAUUCGCACUCAGCAUGAUGUUCUCAAGAAUCGGCGCCAUGCUUGCACCGUUUGUGAAAGAUCUCAGCACUUGGAUCCACCACGCGCUCCCCGUGUACAUUUUUGUUUUAUUCACUUUCGCAGACCUGUGGUGUCUGAGUAAACUACCUGAAACUCUUGACCAACCGCUCCCCGACACGAUUGAGGAUGUGAGGAGAUUGCCGAAAAGCAGCAAGUCGUCAAGGUAA